AUGGCCGGUCAGAAUUGGCACCAGGCGGCGGCGGGUGUUAUGGUGUAUCGACCGCGUGUAGAUGUUGAGUAUCAAGUCAGUGUCAAGAAAGAGAGCGAUAUACAAGAUCAUCUGAACGAGACGUAUGCUGGAGAAGACGAAGAAGUCAAACCUCCUACAAGUCUUCCGUCGCUGAAUAGGGGAUGCUCCGCCCAGCUCGAUGUUAUGAACAGAGUUCGGUGUUCCAGAGACGAUUCGCCGGAUACGCUCGCCGCAGACUCUGGAGAUGAAGAUGGAGUUUUGACGCCUACAUCAUCGCACGAGUCGAUGUCGCCCGUGGUUACGAACGACACUUUUCUUGACGAGCUCAUGGUGUACGCUGGAUCCUCAAAUCAUGAACAUGUGUCGAACAGCCCCACGGUUCUGACGCCGUCUACGCAAAGCACUGAGUUCGAGGAUGAAUACGAGUACGAAUCGGACAGAACGGACUUUCUGGAGACUACGAAGUCGCCUUGCCCAAGUCACGUCAAGCGGAGUUCCCGAGGACAGAGUGGGACGAAAAGCACGCGUUUCAAGAGCAAAAAGAUGCCCAAGCAGCACUUGCCCGUAGCACGACGUCUAGAUUUCUCGGCAGCAAUCAACAGCAGCAAAGUGUCAAAGCGACCAUCUCCGUCUCGUUAUAAAUCCGAUCCAACUUCGUUUCGCAACGCUCUGCGAAAUAUCGAACAUGGUCCUCGACACAUGUGGACUGACAUCGAACGACUUCUGCUUUGCAUCAUACACAGAUGGUACGAGACCUCAGAUAACACUGCCAUUGCUGCUGUAUUCAACCAAGUGACUGGACUCGAUUUCAAGCCUCGAAAAAUCACCGCUCAAUUCACUAGCAUGCUUGGGAACGGCAGUAAAGGCAGUAUUCAUUGGGCUCAAGUCUUCGACGAAGUCGCCUUUGACGAUGCAAAGGGCGUAUAUGCUGAAAUCCGCAAUUUGAUAGAAGUAACGGCGGUAAAUCUCCAUGUCCAACUGAUCCCGCGGGACGAGGAGUUCGACUUCCAAUCUGGCUCCGCAGCAAAGGCCAAAUCACCGGGCACACGAACGAAACAUAGGCGACGCGUCAAACUCGUGCAGGAAGAGAAGAAGGCUCUGAUAAGACAGAUGGCAUUGAUGGAAGCUUCUGCAAUGCAUGUGCAACCCUCGAACAGCGGACCAGGGGUUAUCGAGGACCACUUCGAUGAAUACUUCACAGAUGUGGAAGACAAUCCCGUCACAGAUCUACCAUGUAUGCCCUACUCAGGGACUUCCAACAACCCAGCAGCGUACUCAGGAAGAACAUCAUCGAGCUCACCUUGUUUGGCAUUUCGUGUCUGGGAUGCAAAAAGCUACACGCAGUUCACGGAAGACGGCGACUUCAUUUCUAACGCAGCCUUUUCGGUCAAAAACAAAUCUUUCCUAACACCCUUCGCUCCAGAAGGCCAAGGGUUAAGCACUUUCUUGUUCUUCGCGAAGUCGCAUCUGUCGCUAAAAGGCAAUACGUCCGCUUUUGUAUCUGUUUCUACAUCUCUUCUACAAGCAAUGGUAUAUGCAUCCUCGAUGGAAAACCCAAACAUCGCUAUAAUUGAUCUCAACCACCCUUCUCUGAAUCAACCAAAUAAGAAGCAUUAUGCCGCAGAUGUUGUUAGGUGGCUAAAGGUGAACGACGAAUAUAAGUUCACCUAUAAAGCAACAGCUGAGUACCUGAUUUGGGGAGGGAUACCGAGGAGUGCAAUUUUGCAUCACACCAAGCUACAGACACUUGAGAACUUGGCGGAAAUCGAUAGCGUCUGUGGGAACAUGCUCAGCCUGGGCCUCUUCCAGACAAAGCGCACAGCGAAUGGCGUCGCUUCAAUACUUCGAGACAACAAUACAGUAUUGGAUGGAAGCACAGCCAAAUCCAUGGGCAAAAUAGCGAAAUGCCUUGGGCUCGAUGGCGAGAGCGUUACGCUACAGCACAUCCAGGAGUUCGUCGCCAGGCUCGUUGACGGAUGGUACAUCACCAGCGACCAUACCAACGAUGCUUAUACUGGGAACGCCAUAGCCUUUUCGUUUGCUUUGGCUCUGGGGUCAGGAAUUCACGCCCACCAACGAGUUAUGGAGGCGUUUCAAGAGGGGAUUGAGUCGGGAUUCAACAGCAUCGUACGGUAUGCGAGGUCUCGUCGUUCGAAGCCGCGUCGCAACCGCACUGUUUGA